GCCGAACUUAAGGUGUUGAUAGUGACGUUUUCAACUCCAGUCGAACAAAACUGUAAGAUUUUUUUCUUUUCUCUUUUUUCUUUUUUCUUUCCCCUCAACAAUAUUCAUUUGCAAUGAGUAAGGUGUCAGCUGCUGCCGUUAGAACUGCCAUCAACGAAAUCCAAAAGGGUUCCGAAGAAAAGAAACGUAACUUUGUGGAAACCAUUGAACUUCAAGUUGGUUUGAAGAACUAUGAUCCUCAACGUGACAAGCGUUUCUCUGGUACUAUCAAGUUACCUCAUGUUGCUCGUCCUAAUAUGACUGUCUGUAUUCUUGGUGAUGCUUUCCAUUGUGAUCAAGCUAAGGCUGCUGGUAUGGAAUUCCAAUCUGUUGAUGAUUUGAAGAAACUCAACAAGAAUAAGAAACUUAUCAAGAAACUUGCAAAGAAGUAUGAUGCUUUCCUUGCCUCUGAAGCCUUGAUUAAGCAAAUUCCUCGUCUUUUGGGUCCCGGUCUUCACAAAGUUGGUAAAUUCCCCUUACCUGUGUCUCAUUCCGAUUCUUUGGUGGACAAGGCCAAUGAAAUUCGUGCUACCAUCAAAUUCCAAUUGAAGAAGGUACUCUGUUUGGCUGUUGCUGUGGGUCACUUGAACAUGACUGAAGAUCAAUUGAUUGCAAAUAUCAUGUUGGCUGUCAACUUUUUGGUAUCUUUACUUAAGAAACAUUGGCAAAACGUCAAGUCUUUGUACUUGAAGUCUACCAUGGGCAAACCUCAUCGCUUAUUCUAGUUUUAAUUUAGUUUAGUGAAUGAUUUCUCUCUUUUUAAGUCUCUGUGUAAUUUUUUUUUUUUAUUCUAACGGUGUACCAAGGUUUUGGACAUGGGUGCCUUUAUCAUUGGGAGCGUAGAUACUUAUUUUGAAAUUAUCAUUGCUCAUGAAAUUAGUAAUAAAAAAAAAUAAUACUUUUUUUUUUAUUGUUUAAA